UGACCAAAAGAACACAUCGAUCGAUGGGCCGUGCAACGAUGAUGAGAAUUCUAACGAGUCUCGUUGCUAUAACGAUGCUUGUUGGAUUGGCGUUAGCCGUGGAUCACGAUGUUGGAUCACCAAACGGAGGGUGGGACACAUCGACUGACCUAGGGUCGUGGGCUUCGUCUGAAACAUUCACUGUAGGCGAUAAUAUAGUUUUCAGCUAUACGCCAAACCACAAUGUGUUGGAAGUUUCAGAGGCUGAUUUCGAUUCGUGCUCAACGAGUGGCCCGAUUUCAACAAACGCUCUUACUCCGACUACCAUUGCACUUACGGCUGCCGGAAGCCGGUAUUUCAUCUGUGGCACACCUGGUCAUUGUGGUCAAGGAAUGAAGGUGGAGAUUAAGACAGUAGCAGCUUCAUCAUCUGCACCACCAACCACCACCACUCCAUCUCCAACACCAACCACCACUCCAUCUCCAACACCAACAACCACCACUCCUCCAUCUUCAACACCACCAGUUUCCACCACAUCUCCGCCGUCAUCAUCAUCUGAUACGCCAUCACCACCGAUCUCUACCCCUGAAACACCUGUGCCGCCAUCACCAUCAUCGGCUGAAACACUGAAGGUGGGUGCUGUUUUUAUGAUGGGCUUUGGGGUCCUUAUGAUGGUAUAAACUAAUGUUUCAUUGGUGUCUCUUUUGUAAUUUCUUUGAUAAAUCUUGUUCUUUCAUUCAUGUAUCGUCAUUAGUUCAUGUUACAGUUGUUAUUUUUUUUUAGAUAAAAGAGACCGCGAAAAUAACUGUUUUCUAAUAA